UGAUGAGGUAAUGAUUCAUUUUAUCAAAUAAUAGAAAAAGAGCAUAGUAAAAUGUAUUAAGCAAAUUGAGAUAAUUUAUAAAUGAUAACCCUGAUGUUGAAUUAAGAAUUCUAUUAGAUCAAGAAGAGUUAUUAGAUUCUAAAUAGAACAUUAAAUUGUUUGGUGAAUUGUAAAAUAUAUUUAAUAGUAAUAGUGUUACAAAAAGUCCAGAACGCUUUUGGGAAAUGUUGGAAAUAAUUAAUCUUAAAUAAAAAGAUAAUGAAGAAGUCAUCCCUAAUAAGUAUUAUAUAACUUUUAAAGUAGAUAUCCAUUUAUAGUGAGUGAAAUUAUUGGUAGUAAAGAAGAUUAAAUUAUCGAUUAUUUUUUUGAUUAAAAGGGUCCUGAAGAAUUUGAAUUUCUCAAUUUGCUAUUCAAAACAAUAGAUAGAGAUUUUAUUGAUAACACACUUGCUGGAUAUAUGGCAAAAAUAUUAAAAGCAAUUAUUGAAAAAAAAGGAUUAAGCGUAAUUCUAUAAAAAUUAAUUGUAGCUUUGGAAUUAUUUAAUAAAUCCAUAAAAAGAAAGUUAAUAUAUAUUAAAAGAUCUAAUUAAACAUUUAGAUGUACUAAAUAUUGCAGACAUAAUAUUCAACCUUAUUCGAAUGGAUACUAUUAGAGAAGAAGGUGCAGAGGCUUAUUUAAAUCAAAGAAUAUAAUUAUUAUUACGAAUUAUUGAUUAUAUGUAAUAAAAACAUGAUAAUGUUAUGAUUGUGGAAAAUGUUUCCUAUAUUUUAUAGAAUAUUUUGACAGAAACAAUUGAGAAUGAAGAAAGAAUAUAAUUUAUGUAUUAUAUUCUAAAUUCAACUCUAAACUUUGAUUCAAUUGUAUAUAUAUAUAAUUUUAAUAUAUAGGUAAUUAGUAAAUCAAGUAAAUUAAUUAAGAUAAUGAUAAUAAUACUUGAAACUAUUGAGAGAGAUAAUUAAAAUGGAGAGAAUAAAAUAGUAUAUAAUUAUUCAUUAUUAUAAAAUAUUGCCUUUAAUCUAGUUAACUUACUUAAUUUAGAAAUAUAUUUAAGUAAUUAUUUCUUAAAAUUAUAGCUCCAUUUCAAACAUCUUAUGGUAUAUAUUAAGAACCUUUAGGUUAAUUUAAAUUACAAUUAAUUGAAUUCUAUUUGAUAGUAUUGAAAUAAAAUGAACAAAAUAUUAUGCCUUUAUUUUCUCAUUCGAAUAUAUGUUAUGAAAUAAUGUAAUUGAUUCUUAAACAUGAAUUUAAUAAUGCUAUUUAGAAUCUUUUUGUUGAAAUAAUAUCAUUAGUUAUGAAAAAUAAUGAAUACAAUUAAAUUAAAUAAGAUUACAUAAAGGCAAAUAUUUCUGGAUUUUUGAUAUAUCUUAAUUAAUAAUAAAAAUAUCAAGUAGGUUCAAUUAAAAAAUGUAUUACUAAAGGAUUUUAAGGAAUGGCAAAUAAGUUAUCAUUUCUUUUAAAAGAUGACUUCUAAGAGGAAAAUUGGAAUUUUUAUAUUUCAAAUCAAAAAGAAAUUUUUAAUAUUGAAAAUACAUAUCUAUUUGGAUUUAAUCCAAAUUAUGUUGAGGAUGCAUAAAAAGAGGAAGAAUUGAUUUAAUCUAUAAAAUUUAGUACUGACCAAAUUAAUGAUACAAAGUUAUUAUAAUUUGGACAUAUAGAAUUAUAAAAUAUUGAAGUAAUAUAGAGAGAUGCAUAAUAACCAAUCGAAUAAUAAAUACCAUAAAAAGAAACUUAAUAAAAUAUCAUAAUCAUGGAACAGAAAUCAGAAGUGUAAAUAACUCAAACAAAUAAUGGUGAAUAAUUAUCCAAUUUAGUAUUUGGUUAGAUUGAUAUUAAUAAUGUAGCAUAAGUAGAAAUUGUAAAUCCAGAUGAUGAAAUAAAUCAAUCAAUUUAAAUUGAUGAUGAACAAAAAAAUAUUACUGCAGGUAAUUAAUAAUAUCUAAUAUUAGAAAUAUAAAAAGUGCUUAAACUUAAUGAAUAUGUAGAUCCAGAUUAUCCAGAUAGAGUAGUUAACGAUUUUUAUAAAGCAAAAGCUAUGAAUGAAAAAAAUUUCAAUAGUGGAAAUCUUGAUUAAGAAUUAUUAGAAAAUAGACCAAGAAGAAGUACAGUCUAGUUAACUUUUGAUACAAAGAGACCAAGUUUAAAAAGAAAAUUAUCAGAUUAAACUUUUAAAAUUGAUAACUAAAUACCUAACAGAUUAUCAGUUUCAGCUAUAGAAUAUAAAACUCAGACUUUUAGUCCUAUAUAACAAAAUUAAUAAGAGUAGAAUAAUAAUAAUAAUAAGUUAAAAUGA